GUGGACUUGUGGUUUUCUGUUCAGUUUUGUUGGUAACCUCACUAUGGGACCAGGAAAGUACUGCUGGGUAAUAGCUGCAGAAACAUGCCAAAUUUGGGAUGAAAACUUUGAAACCCUCCACAAGUUUGAUGAUGGCAAUGUGUUGGAUGUUGCAUGGAGCCAUGAUGGUAGCAUUCUGGCGUUUACAAAAAAGAACAGCAAAAAAAUUUUUACUGCAUCUAUUGGCCUUCAAAUUUCUGAAAGCAGCACAAGUUUAUUAGAGGGGGAUGCAACAGCUGUAGGAUUUUCGAAUGAUCUACUACUGGCAGGCACGAACACAGGAAAUAUUAUUUUGUGGGACUAUACAAAACACAAAUUGAUCAGAAAAUAUGAUGGAGUCGAUAGAAGUGCUGUGUGUCGUAUUCAAAGCAAUAACUCCAUCAUUGCUUGUGGUCAUCAUGGAGGUGUUGUCCAAGUCUAUGGUAUUAAAACAGGACAGGCAAUUGGGCAGUACUCAAUAAAAAAUUCCGCUGGGCUAAGAGACCUGAAAAUUAGCUCAGUAAAAAAUUCACUAAUGGCUGCAGCCUUUAAUAGUGGUACAGUGGCCGCCUGGAAUACCGUUUCGAGCAAAGGAAACAAUUCGUUAGUCGUUGAAUUUACAGGCGCACACCAGUCCCCGGCAAGCGCAGUUGCAUUAUCUCCGGUCACCGAUAUCCUUAUGGUGUCUGGUGGUUUGGACAAAAAUGUCAUGUUGUAUGAUUGGCCAAAAAAGAAGAUUCUCAAGAAAAUUGAAAUUGAUUCUCCAGUUACAGCGAUUGAAUUUUUCCCAGAUGGUACUUCAUUGGUUGUUGGUACGAGUCGUGGGAAAGUUCUAGUUUAUGAUCUGCGUUCCAUCAGUACUCCCGUACAAAGCAUGGUUGCACAUACGUCACCUAUAACAAAAAUAAUUUGUCGCGCUUGCACCCAAAUUCCGGACAAAAUUGAAUGGGGAAUACCGACAUCCAAGGAUACUACCAAAUUUCCACUAUCUUGCAGUGGAGAGCGAUUGAUGCCAUUAUCGGCAAAGGAAGGAAGCGAAAAGCCUUCGCGUUUCCCCUUUCUUUCCCCAUUGCCUUGUGAACUGGAGCCUCACUCCACGUUAAGCUUGAUGCCUGAGGUUGGAAUCUCCGGCUGUAGCGCGAAUUUUCCAGCAGUAGGAUUGGAAAGCGAAAGUAAAGAUUUGGAGCACAAAAAUAGUUCGCUUUUUUCGCCGCUGAAAGGAGGAGACACCAGUACGGAUGUCUUCUCUAGUCCUAGUUUGGCAACCAGCCCAUUAUUGAAAUAUAAAGGGAAAAUUUACAGUGAGCAUCAUUCACCACUACACAAUCGAAUGGUACCCAACGAAACUGAGUACGAAACAGAAGCACCCGUCAGUUCGACAUCCGUAGACAUUUCCAUCCCUAAGGAGGACUUACCCAAUCUUCAAGAAUGUAAGCAGACCGAGGACGAUAUUAUCCCGAAUUCCAGCGGAUCUACGGAUUUUCAAGCAGAAUUCAUCCGACGCAUAGUUCAUGAUGUGGAAGAUAAUUUACGUGAAGUCCUCCGUUGUCGUUUCGGAGAUCUAAUCAUCCAGUCAGCUCAACAGUUUCUCACGCUUCAAAAUGAGCUGGAACAGCUGAGAAGGCAAAUCCAAGACAAAGCCUAUUUGGAAGAAGAAGUUAGGCAGUUGCGUGAGGAAGUUAACCAGCUGCGAAAUCUGUAUUAGUAAGUAAGCUCCAUUCCACACAGCUCAAUGUUGGAACUUCGCCAUCAAAUUUUAAUUUCACAGUUUCAUGAUAUGGCCUAGUAUACCUGUGACUAUAUCCUAGAAAACUCCAAUGUGUGCCUCAAAUGUAUAUUAACACUACGAAUACACAAUAUCUUUACAGUU